ACAAGCUGUACCCAACAUACCAAGCUUACAUGUCAAACAUUUGACCCAAAUCCUCGACGAUCGACCAACAGAGGCAACGAACAUGUCCGGCAAAUUUAACGAGGCCUACCGCCGAGAGUUCAUCGAGGAACCAAAGCUCGAGCACUACGAAGGCGAAAAGUCACUCACCAAUCCUCCCGAGCAACGCACUUACGAGCAGCAGCAAAAGCAAGACAAGCUCAUCAAGCAAGAGCGUCGCGAACAAAGCCAUGAUAACCCUCAGUCACGCUCCCACUCCCGUCGAGCGCGUCGGCGGCGAAUUCAAAAGGGUCUCGAGGAUAACAAAUACAUGAGGACCAAUCCUUUGGAGGCGCUCGAGGAAGCCGAUGCCAACGGCGAUUGGGACGAGAUGAGGCCUUUCGAGCGAAUAGGUCCGGACAGCACAUCAAUGAAUGGUCCCGUCACACUUGCACGUGCUCUCCGCGGAGAGAUUCCGAUGCGAGGCUCGAAUCCGAAGCAGCCUUAUUGGAACGACGACAAGAUUGGGUCGAAGGAUAGUCAACUGAAUGACGCCGAUGGCCUGAAGCUUUCACUGGAAGCGAAUCUCGACAUCGAGAUUGAGCUCAAAGCAAGCAUUCGUGGUGAUCUCACACUCUCAUUGUACGCAUGAUCCAUGGCGCCGAAGCCAAGGACCAUCAUGUCACAAGAUUGCGAUGCACAUGAUGUACUCGGACAAGCUUGCGAUUCUAUCGUGCUUACACACAUCUUAUUAGUGAAUGAGUAUGGCGAGACCACCAUUGCAUGGGGCUCACGGCCGAGCUAGUCCCAGGGAAGGCCGUGAAUUUGGCAGAUCCAGUGAGCCAACAUUUGGGCAGCUUCAUGUUCAUUGUCGCAGGUUAUCCUUUUCACGGCCCGCAGUAUGUUCUUACGCUGCUUUCCUGACCAUGGCAAAAGUCAAAUGAAAAUGAUGAGGAAUACUCUUGAAUCAUCCGCGAUAGCGAUCGCGGUUCUCUUCGUCGGACACACGUGAAAUAGAGAAUGGCAUUGGUUCA